UAAGAAUUAUUUUUUCGUGUUCUUCCAUAUUUGAGAUUUCUAGACAUAAUAUUUUUGUUAUUCUCUUGAUUUUUUAAUAUACCUUCAAUUUCUACCAAUUCUAGAUGAAAUAUAUUUCCUUUCAACUCCAAAUUCAUACCUGACAAUAAAAAGUUCGCAAAUUUCUUUUAAGAUAUGAAAAAAUAAAAAACAAUACACCUAGUACGACUUGAUAAAAAAAUACAUUAACUAAUUAUCGCUAAUUUCACAAUCAACAAAUACCAUAAAAACUACUUUCAAAUAAUGAAGGAACUAUUUUAGAAAAUCUCAAAUUAUUUAAAGGUAUGAAGAAAUUUAUCCAUAAAAUAAAACAAAAUUCCUCCGACCAACGGGUCGGGUAAAAGCUAGUAAGGAGAGAUAGUGAAUUUGAAUUAAGUGGCAGAGACGGAUGAAACUGGGAAGAGGGCGACUAUCCUAGCAUGGAAAACCCGACCCGCGCCUUUGGGAUUUUGGGCCAACUUAUAUUAUAAUCGGGUAAAAUACAUCGGGUGUCACUUAAGUUUGAGAAUUGGGGAAGACAUAUCACUUAAAUUUGAAUAGGGCAUCAUGUACCACUGAACUCUAUUAUAUGGGGUUAAUUGCAUGGUUGUUCACUGAGAUUACAAAAAACGUUCAAGUUAGGUCACUCGAAAUAUUUAAAUCCAUUGGUGAUCCUUCAGUUUAUUGAAAUCGUUCACAUUUGGUCACUCUCCGUCCAACUCCGUUAACUUUUACUUACGUGGCAGUCAACUUUAAAAUUUGACCUUUACGUGAGUAAUGUGGCAAUUAAGAAAUUAAUAAAAUAAUAAAUUUAAUCUUUUAUAAUUUCCACCUCAUUUUUACAAUAAAUUAAACUCAAAUCAAAAUUAAAUUUGAAUGUGAAACCCCUUUCCCUUCCAUCCCAGUCAUACACGGCCCUUUAUCGGUGGGUGCUUGCUGCUCUCCCCAGCCACACGAUCCCAGCGUUGUCAUCCCCCGGAAUUCCUUACCAUCCCUCGUAAGUUCUACAGCCCCAUUAUUCUUCGGCGGCAAAUCAAUCGGCCGCUAUAUUUUUCUUACCAAUCAAUUCACUAUUAUCUGCCUAAUUCCAUUCACCAACCGUCCUAGGCGGUCCUUCCCGCCUUUGGCAACACAAUUCUGCCACUGUCACCCCCUAUCAUGCCUUCGACCCCUGCAGACCACUCUCUGCCGCCAUUACUACUAUCUCCGUGGCCUACCUAUUCGCGCGCGGCGGCAACUAAGGGAAGUUGUGAUUGCCGGUUCCUAAAACUACUGCUGCCAAUGUAGUUUUGGGUUUAGGAAUGUGGGUUGGCUUUGUUGAAGCAGCGACAUUGUUACUGGAAAUCUCUCUGUCUGGCAUGUGUGGCUUCUUAAUAGGCGGGGCUGCAAUGUGUAACAGAGGAAUUGGAGGUGUUCGUUCGCUCGAGGAACAUGGCUUUCCAUGUUUGGAAGAUGUCGGAGGUGAGUUGCAACCCUAAUUUGAAAUUCACCUUUCACCAUCAUGCUCGUAUCCUAACCCUAAUUCUCGCGGAUCCAAGCGAUGACCCUCGUGAGGAAGUCAGGGCGAGCGUUGGGAGAAGCCCUGGCGGACGGAGCAGGAUUUGAACGAGCAGGCUGGAUACGCUCUCUGUUUGGCUGCAGCGAUCGAUUCCGCGGCGGAUUCAGAUCCCGACCAACUCGGUACCCGGGAUGGUUCCGGUGAGCUAGUUGAGGCCGAGGUUGAGUAUUCGUUUGUGGCCAAGAACGCGGCGACAGAGAAGAGGAGAGAGUAUUUCCGUUUGUUUUUAAUUUUAAUAAUUUAUAAUUUUUAUUUUUAUCUUUUUAAUAGUUAAGAUUGAGGUGGAAAUUAUAAAAGAUUAAUUUUUUUAAUUUUUUAAUUUUCACAUCACUCACUUAACGGUCAACUUUUAAAGUUGACCGCCAUGUAAGCAAAAGUUAACGGAGUUGGACGGAGAGUGACCAAACGUGAACGGUUUCAGUAAACUAAAGAAUCAACAAUGGAUUUAAAUAUUUCGAGUGACCAAACUUAAACGUUUAUUAAUCUCAGUGACCACCUAUGUAAUUAAUCCCUAUUAUAUGUGCACCCGAUACCACUUAAUUUACUGCUAAGUGCAUUCCAUUAAAGUUGACAGAAUAUUCUUUGAAUAUUCCGUUUUCUAAAUUUCAUAAUUGGUCAUUCUUCUUUUCUUAUUAUAAAAAAAUCAUUUGAACUUAUGAAAACAUUAUUUUUUAUUGUUUAGUUAGAAUCCUCUUUUGAAUACUUGAUACCAAAUCAAUUUUUGAAUAGAAAAUUUAGAAUCAAUUAUCAUUAUAAUUAUUUUCGCUUACUAAUCAAUAUAUUAUAAUAUUUAUUAUUAUAUCCUACUAUAUUUAUUAUUCUUCUUGAUAUUCGUUUACUAUUUUAUCUAUUUUAUUGAAAAUUUUUGAUUAGUCAUUUUAGUAAUAAUAUGUUUAGAAGGUUUUCUAAUUAUUAAUUUAUUAUAUUAGAUAAAACUUGUUGAAAUAUAGUUUUGGAUGUUUUUAAAUAUUUUGGGUAUGAAAAAAUAAUUAAAAAUUUAGGUUAAAUAGAAAAAUAGACGAAUGCAUAUUUUGACAAUUUUAAUAAUAUCCGACGCCUUAUUCAAAUUUAAAUGGUAUGUCUACUCAAUUUUCACAAACUUAAAAUAACACUAACAUAUUUUACCCUAUAAACCCCUUUUUGGUUAUCCACAGUCCACAAGACCACAACAGCUUGUGCCCUUCCAGAAUCCAGAUAAUGAAAGCAUCCAUCCAUGUAAUUUCAGCCACGUGGCUGUUCCGGAAUCAUCAGUCCCCGACACUUACCAUCCUCCAGCUUCUUCUUCCUCCUCGUCCAAAAAUCCAGAGCCAGAGAAGUAGAAAAUCAAUCGAGUAAAUCGGUAUUUUGCCUGUUCGCCGGGAGCAUUUGAAAUCAACCGCCGCCGUCGUAGAUCAUCAGCUAUCUGCCAGCAAGCAUGUGGAUUUCCAUAGCAUCAUCUCAUUCUCAUCAGAGCUUCUUCGCCAGCAACGCCGUCCUCCUCGCUUCUCCGUCACUGCCUUCCAGUUCCAGACACUUGCGCAUCUCCGCCACCGUCUUAUGCUCUCACCCGCCGCCUUCAUCCCACCACUCUGCUUCUCCUCAACCUCCCCGUAAUGGAGAGUUGGGGAAGCUGGCAAUAGUAGCAGCCUUGACGGCAGGUGUGCUUACCCUGGGCUGCCUGUCACCGGAUGAUGCUUCCGCUGCCAAGUCCGGCGGCAGGAUGGGCGGACAGUCCUUCCGUUCCUCCCAGCAACAGCCUCGCUCUUCUUCCCCUCGCAUCAACAACAACUCCUCUCGGACGAACAUAUAUGUAAACCCUCCUGUUGCACCGCCCUUGGUGGGAGGUUAUGGGUACGGGUUUGGUGUACCGUUCUACGGCGGUUGGGGAUGGUCUCCAUUCUCCUUCUUUGCCCCUGGCCCUUCUGUUGCCGUCGGAGUUGGCGGUGGUUUUGAUACCUUUGCUCUCUUUAUCUUCCUUGGCGCUGCGGCAGCAGUGGUUCGAAGAUUCGCCAGAUCAAUCAGGGAUAGGGGAGAUGAAGAUGACGAGUAUUGAUCAUGAUCAUGAUCGACGACUACGGACUACGGACUACUCCCUAAGUUUUUGGGCUGUAAUUAACCAGAGUCAGUGUAUGAAUAAUUCUGUCCUCCCUCCCUGCAUGGAUCAUUGAAUGGAUAGUACCCUAUCUAUAUGUAUAGUUAUAGUUGAGGACGAGGGGAGACAGGGAGAAAUGAUAAAUGUACGUCAGUCACAUUGAUGUUAGAAAAAGAGUGUUUGUUUGUAUUCUGUAGAAAUUUGGGAAAGGUACCAAAGGGGAAGGAAGCGCCUAAUGUUGAUCAGGCGUUGGGAGUCAAUUGUAGAUGUUCUUGCUAAUAUACUACUAUCCCUAAA